UGCUACGACAUCACGGGCGUGGCUACCGAAGCUCGUACUACAAUACCCUAACGUACCUAAUGACCUUUCUGAAAACGAAUUUGUGUCAAUUAUGCUUUAAUGUACUUCUGUCAGCCGCACCUUCGCUCGCUCGAAUGAACAAAAGGACUAACCUGCCACAAUAGAACAAAUAAAUAAACAUCUAUUUUUUAUACCUAUAUACUUAUUUAAACCUAACCGUCGCAUAUGACUGUAAUAACAUAACAUAACUUUCAUUAUUGAAAUCAUAAAUUUGCCUAUAAUUGUGAAGGUACCAAUAAGAUCAAGGACUAUAGAAACCGUGACAUCGAUCCAUAAUAUAAUUGACUCCGGAAUUGUAUUUGCGGCAUUUCUUAGCAAGAUGCUGACUUGCGUCUUCAAUAUCUGAGUGCUCAUACACCUGUCUACUACAAUGUAAACACUGUAUGACUUUCUAACAUAGUAAAAUAUUUAUUUAUAUAUAUUCUUUGCUGAUGGCUCUAAUAGGUAUGCCGUAGAGAAGAUUUGUCCUAGUGAUUAGUCGAAUUUACUUGAUGGUCAUUUGAUGUGAUUAGGCCGCUUCGUGAAGUUAGAAGGGGAGGCAUGAGCACCGACUCGGCGCCUCAUCCGGUCGCUCCUCGCGCAAAUUGUCAAUUGGUUGUCGUCGCCUCAGGGCUGCCAGCGAGCAAGGUUGCUGUGUCGUUCUUCACGUGAUUUGCCGGACACACCGUUGCUCUCCAAAAUAAUAAUCUGUCACUACUUUAGGCAUCAUAUUGCUUCCUUUUUUUUAACAAAAAAUCGAAUAAGUUUAUUUGUUUAAGUAUAGAAACAGUGUUCAAAUCGUAUUCAAUGAAGAGGAAACUUAUUAAUUAUUUAAACGCAUAUUCACCAAAGAAAGUUCGGUUGAACCUUGUAGUUUUAAAACUGUAGUUCAAAGAUGGCUAUCAAGGUUAGGUAAAUCGAAAGCCGACUUAUGCGACGUUAAUGCGGACUUCCUGUCUUCUUUGAUCUGUCAAUUUCCUUCAUAUUGCACUUGGAGACGUGCGACGCUAAACGAGACAGUCACGCACAUUUUGACGCAAGCCGCGGAGUAGGAGUGAUCUAGUAGCGGAGAACUUUUUUGAAAUCAGUUAAUCUAGUUAGACAUGUUAGUGCAGUGGUCAUUUGAGACAAUUUGCCCACGAUUUGCUUGUUGACUUUGCAACAACUGGACAAUUGUUGAACACGAUUUUAGAUGACCGUAGGAAGUGUCGGCGUUAAUUUUGAGCAAUAUGGUUAUUUUAGUCAAUAAGGUGAUAGUGCGCAACUGUACGCCGCCAGCCAUCGACGACUUCCCGGCGGGUUUGUUCACGGAGCUCCAGAGACAACACGGCGCCAUCGUGCUUCAUGCUUUCAUCUCCAUCUACCUCUUCAUCGCGCUGGCCGUCGUCUGCGACAAGUUCUUCGUGCCUGCGGUCGAUAGAAUAUGCCACGCGUUGAACAUGACGAAUGACGUAGCGGGCGCUACUUUCAUGGCCGCGGCCACGUCGGCGCCCGAGCUGUUCGUGAACGUGAUCGGGACCUUCAUCACGGAGGGUGACAUCGGCGUGGGCACCAUCGUAGGGUCUGCAGUCUUCAAUAUUCUGGCCGUGGCGGCCUGCUGCGGCAUCGGAGCGGGGAUGGUGGUACCCCUAGAUUGGUGGCCCUUGACUAGGGAUUGCCUGGCGUACGGGAUCACGGUCUCGAUACUUAUUUGCAUAAUGCACGACGAGUACGUGCAGUGGUAUGAAGCGUUCUUACUGGUACUGCUCUAUGGAGUUUAUAUUUGUAUCAUGUAUUACGACAAAUCUAUCCAAAAUUUCGCAAGAGGAAGUUGGAAAUGGAUUCAUAGUAUGGCAAAUAAAACAGAUGAAAAGCAGGACGGUAAAGAUGGAGACCUCAUUUUUACUAUUUUAGACGCUAAAGAGAAACGUGCUACUACAGGCGACAAGAAUGAGUCCCUCCCAGAACACCAUCAGCAUAAUGGCAAUCUUAAAAUCCCCAUAACAACUAUUCCACAAAAGGAUAUAGAUCUUAGGUUGUCGAACAUUGAAAAAGCAGUGAUUCCUGUUAAAGAAGAAGAUACUGAUAAAAAUGUUAAUGAAGCAGAUUCUAAAACUAAUGAUAUGGAAAUAGGUAUACCAGAAGAAAAUGCUAACAAUACUAUUACAGAAGAGUCAAACAAAGAAACUGCGGACAAAUACGAACAUUCACUAUGGAAAUGGCCAACCGGAAGGAGCUGUUUGACCAAGACCACUUGGAUUGUUACUUGGCCUAUUCACCUGGUAUUUUUAUUCACUAUUCCCGAUUGUGAGAAACCACGGUUUAAAAAUUGGUUCCCACUCACAUUUAUGAUGUGCAUCGUUUGGAUAGGAUCGCUUUCUUAUAUUGUUGCCUGGAUGAUUACUAUAAUUGGUGACACGUUAAUGAUACCAGACUCUGUGAUGGGCAUUACUUUCUUAGCAGCUGGCACCUCGGUACCUGAAGCAGUCUCGAGUGUUAUUGUUGCAAAACAAGGCCACGGUUCAAUGGGGAUCAGCAACUCUAUUGGAUCGAACACCUUCGACAUACUCCUCUGCCUCGGCCUGCCUUGGCUGAUUAAAGCGUCGUUGACUCCAGCCGAACCCGGCCACUACUGGGUGAAGAUAAAUUCGAUGGGUUUAGAAUACUCAGCAAUAUCUCUGCUGUCUACGCUGCUGUUGUUGUACUUGACGUUUUGGUUGAACAAGUUCAAGCUGGACGCGGCGGUGGGGCGCGCCUGCCUCGCCAUGUACGCCAUGUUCCUCGUGCUGGCCACUCUCAUCGAGCUCAACGUCUUCUUCCCCGUUAACAUGCGCACGUGCAAGAGAACAGAGCUCAAAUCUUAGACCAGUGACCGGACUUUACUACAUGAACUGUGAAACGGCGGUGGCGUGUCUACCGCGCGGCAAUCAUCUUGUGUUAGUUGUAGCGAGGUGUGUUGUUACAUCUCGAUCUAAUUGUCUUCUAAGUACGUACUUUCGUGUGACUUUCUGUCACUUUCGACCUAGCUUUAGAUGAUACAUAUUCUAUAGAAACCAAAGCGGGAAUCAUUAAUUUAAGUAACAAUGAAUUAAGAUCUAGAUACAUUAAUUGUUGAGACUAAGUAAUAAAUAAAAAAAAAUCAAAAAAUGAAAAAUCAGUUUCAUAAAAUUCGGUUCACAUGAGAGUUAUAAUGCCAAAUUAUAUUUCAGAGUUUAAAACUAAUUAAUUUUAUAUAUAAUUAUUUUUUUAUGGAAUCUCAUAAGGCAUAAAAUUAACAUUCUGGUCUGUGUUACUAAGAAUCUCGCCAAUUCUUUUGUUGUACAUAAAAUACGAUAAUGUUUUAUCAGUGUUAUAAGAGUACCUUAUUAAAUAUUUUUAUUUGAAAUAA